UUACUUGAUUUCAUCUUUCAAUUCUGAUGUAAUUUAUUCGAAAACCUCGCAUUAAAAAAAAGCUAAAUGGUACAUUAGAGUUUUGGAACCAGCAGAACAAGAAUGUUUUUUUCGCAAAACUUAUAACAAAAAAGUUUCCGUAUACUGCCGUAACUUAAUAGUAGGAGAGCUGGUGGACAUUUUUGGAAAUGCAGACCUGGCUGAGGACAAGCGGGGCUAACACCUUGCCAAGCGCCUUUAAAGUUUGAGGAAAGAAUGUAUGCCCAGUGGAGUAUCAGAAUGCGUAAGAAGUAGUGGACCAUCUACACAUUAUUAGUGUCGUCUAAAUUAGUUGUAAUUGUGUAAUGUAUUGGGUUUUUCCCAAUAUUGAUAUCCGAAUUCGCCGUACAAUUCAGUAAGGAAUAAACGCUGUGUAAAGUAACAUGUUUGUUUCCUUCUCCGGCCCCGUGCAAAUACAACCAACAUUGGCGACGUGGAUUUUUAAAGGAUAUUGUUAACAUUUACAAAUAAAUUGUGCAUCAGUUAAACAAUGGCUGUCAGUGCCGCAAGUGUUGGACAUUUACCAGAAUUUAGUUUCAAAAACAGUGAUUGGACAAUCUAUAAAGCGCGAUUAAACAAUUAUUUUGUGGUGAACGGCAUUCAAGAUGAUGUUAAAAAACGUGCUAUUUUGUUAACUUGUUUAUGUGAGCAAACAUAUAAACUGGUUUAUGACUUGUGUAUUCCUAAAGCGCCAGAAGAACAGUCAUUUGAUAAUUUAAUUAAAGUGUUAAAUAAUCAUUUUGCACCAAAAGCGUGGUGUUUGGCGGCAAGAUACAAAUUCUACAACGCCAAAAAGACAGACACUGAAUGGGUGAAUGAUUGGGCAGCGCGAGUACGUGGUUUAGCAACACAUUGUGAGUUUGGAACGGAAUUACCAGUUGUUCUUCGUGAUAUUUUUAUCAUGGGAUUUAAUCCAGGUCCUAUCUUGGACAGGUUACUCGAGGAAAAAGUGACAGUUUCGUUAUCAAAUGCCAUUGAAAUUGCUUUCAAUAAAACAGCCGUAGUUAAUCAUUUUGAUUUGCAGAAAGUCGUUUGUAAAGAGGAACCCGACCUUCAUCACAUCAGUUCCGGUAGCCGCCACAAGUUACGUAGUAAAUGCACGGUUUGUGGGCGAUCAACCCAUAUGGCAAAAGACUGCAAGUACCGCGACUAUUCUUGUCAUCGUUGCAACAAGAAAGGACAUCUGGCACCCGUUUGUCUAGUAAAAUCAUCUUCGCAACAAUCACCAGGGUCGUCUCACCGCAAGUCUAAAAGUAAGGUACCGUCGAAAGUUAAUCAUUUUAUGGACGAGGAAAAUGCUAGUGAGUUUGAAAAAAAUGUCAUUGUUUUCAAUUACUUCUAAGCAAAAUGUGCCUAUAAUGAUAAGCGUAUUGGUCGAAGGUGUAGAACUGGAAUUUCAAUUAGAUACUGGG